AUGACGAGCUCCGCGUAUUACGCUAACAACGAGACCGAUUACUGGCCUUAUCCGUCACCGAUCGUCGAUCGAUCCACAGACCAGGUUAUGUACCCCGAUAGCGUCUAUCAUUCCGCGCAUCAGCAGCUGCACACCAGCACGGAUUACAGUCAGAGAUCUAGCCAGAAUCAUUCGCCCCCGUCGAGCCUCUUGGAGACCCUUCUUCGUCACGGGAAGGAGGCGAUCGGCGAAGGUUACGCCAGCUCCGCUGGAAAACCGGUGACGCCGCCAGGUGGACAGUCAGUGCCGCAUAUCUCGUGUCAAACACCACCGUACACGCCAACGUCUUCGACGGACAGAACGUCCCCGGUCGCUGGAUUCCUGGCAGAUGUUCCGGAUCGCGGGCAGCAGCAACCGGAAACGCGGAACGGUUACAUGCAGGGCUAUCAAGGUUACCCGGCCCAGCCGCAUUCCAGCGGCUGUGCGACACCUUCGAUGAUGACGCCCAGCUCGCCCGAUUACGGUGUGCAACAGGGAUACCCUAGAUAUGCGAAUAAUAAUAACAACGGGAAGCAAAGCCCUGGAGAGGUGAACGAGUUCGCGGACGAGGGACAGCGGCAAGUGGACUACCCCUGGAUGAAGUCCUCGCACUCUAAUGGCGACGCGAAUGGGAGCGGUCACAAGCGAACCCGGCAGACCUACACACGCUUCCAGACCCUCGAGCUGGAGAAAGAAUUCCAUUUUAAUCGAUACCUCACCAGAAGACGGCGCAUCGAGAUCGCCCAGGCCCUCUGUCUGACCGAGCGUCAGAUCAAGAUCUGGUUCCAGAAUCGUCGUAUGAAGGCCAAGAAGGACGGGAAAUUGGGCUACAAUGGCACGGAGAACGGCGAGGAUGUUGUUUCGACUAGUCAAAACGGAUCGCCGUUGGAUGGACAAUUUGUUAGCGGUACGACGACCACACCGACGACGACGAUGCAAGUUGGACAAUCGGUGACACCUGGUCAACCGAUUUCCGGCAUACAGGAGUACCAUCGUCUUCACGAGGCCUAUCUCCAUUAUCGGCAUCAGCAACAGCCCGUGUACGACGGUCAUAAUUACUUCCAGAAGGAAAGUUAUGCGGCCCAUAUGACGAAAUUGGAGCACCACGGCGAAUCGUGA